AACAAAGUGUACUGAGGAACCAAAAUCUUAUAUUAUUUUGUACAAAAUUACGCAUUAUUCAUUGAUUAUGUGAAUUUUAUAAAAGUAAAAAAAGUGUGUCGGUGAAUAUGACCCUUAAUUUGGAGAGUUGCGACAGCCUGCCCCCGGAUGAGGAGCCCAAACUAAAGUACGAUCGAAUGGGAAACGACCUCCAGAACAUACUAUUAAAGGAUGCCGUGAGCUGUAUCUGCGUUCAUACGAAGUUUAUUUGCCUAGGAACCCAAUGGGGAGUCAUUCAUUUACUAGACCACGAGGGGAACACCGUUCCUAUAUCGCAGGACAAUAAUCAGAAGGAUUUGCAAGCUCACGCGAUCGCCGUCAACAAGAUAUCUGUAGAUCUGAACGGGGAGUACAUAGCGAGCUGCUCCGACGAUGGCAAGGUGCUGGUGUACGGGCUUUACACCUCGGAGAACACCCACAAUCUUACUUUAGGAAGAACUAUGAAAUCUGUGGCCUUAGACCCAUAUUACUUUCGGUCUGGUUCUGGAAGGAGGUUUCUGACAGGUGACAAUAAGCUGACUUUAUACGAGAAGACUUUCUUAAACCGCCUUCGGAGUACAGUAUUAUGCGAGUGCGAGGGCUACGUGCAGGCCAUAGCCUGGCACGACCGCUUCGUGGCGUGGGCGAGCGAGGUGGGCGUGCGCGUCUACGAUCUCGUCGCGCGCUGCUCCCUCGGCCUCAUCCAGUGGGAGAAAAGCCCCAACCGAUCCAUCGAGGACUACCGCUGCAAUCUCCUCUGGUCGGCGCCCAAGACUCUCAUGAUCGGGUGGGUGGACACGAUCAGGAUAUGCAUCAUUCGAAAACGCAGCCAUAUAGAACUGCAGACUAGGGAUGUCACCGAGUAUCUAGUCGAUCCCGUUUACACGUUUCAAACUGACUACUUUAUCAGCGGUCUCGGUCCCCUAGACGACCAACUAGUCCUACUGGGAGUUCCGAAGGAAACCGACGCCGAGACCGGUAAAGCCCAGAGGCCGGUGCUGUCCGUCGCCGACUACAAGGACUGCGAGUUCUGCGAGGUGUCGACCGACAGCCUCAACAUACGAGGCUACGAGGAGUACAACUGCAACGACUACUUUUUAGAAAUACUCAUCGAGGAGAAUCGAUUCUUCAUCGUGUCGCCGAAGGACAUCGUCGUAGCGAACCCCUACGACAUCGACGAUAAAGUGAACUGGCUCACGGAGCACGGGAGAUUCGAGCGAGCUUUAUCCGUUUUGGAGGAAAACGGAGGAAAGACGUCGAAGCACUCGGUGACGACCGUGGGCGUGCAGUACCUGGACCACCUGCUCGCCGAGAAAUUAUUCGAGGAGGCGGCCAUACUCUGCGCGAGAAUAUGCCGAAACGACAAGGUGCUGUGGGAGAAUCAAAUUUUGAAAUUCGCAGCUAUCAAUCAACUGCGGGCCGUGAGCGCGUACGUUCCCCGCAACGCCGAGCAGCCGCUCAGCGCGCACUUAUACGAGAUGAUCUUCAUCGAGUACUUAAAAGAGGAUCCGCAGGGUUUCCUAAAAAUUGUGAAGGAGUGGGAUCCUAAGCUGUACAAAACGGGCGUGAUAGUGAAAACGGUACUAGAAUAUUUGCUGUCCAUAUCGAAGGACCCCUCGAAAGAUUCGAGCGACAUAAUGAGUCUGAACCUGAGCAAAGUCGAUCAAAAUAUUUACUUAGAGGCGCUGGCGCUACUCUACUGCUACCAGAAGAAGUACGACAAAGCUCUGACGACGUACCUGAAGCUCCAGCACGAGGACGUGUUCAAGCUGAUCAAGCUGAACGACAUGUCUGCCGUCAUCCACGACAAAAUUAACGAUCUGAUGACCCUGGACUGCGACAAGGCGAUAUCGGUUCUCCUGGAGUACAAGAUCCCGGUCGAGAUCAUAGAGAAGCAGCUGUCGAACGACGAGGACCUGUACAAGUACCUGGACGCGUACAGCAAGGUCGAGCCCAACGGCCGAUACCACGGCAGGCUCGUGCAGCUGUACGCCAAGUACGCCCGGGAGAAGCUGCUGCCGUUCCUCAAGUGCAGCAACAACUACCCCAUCCAGGAGGCGUUGGACGUCUGCGAGCACAACGAAUUCUACCCCGAGAUGGUGUUCCUGCUCGGCCGCAUCGGCAACACCCGGGAGGCCCUGCAGAUCAUCGUGGACAAGCUGAACAACAUCAACCAGGCCAUCACCUUCUGCCAGGAGCACAACGACCGGGAGCUGUGGACGGACCUCAUCGAGCGAACGGUAGACAAGCCCGAGUGCGUCACGCUCCUGCUCAAGCGGAUCGGCAACUACGUCGACCCGCGGAUGCUCAUCCAGAACAUCCAGUCCGGUUGUGAGAUAAAGGACUUGAAGGACUCGCUGGCGAAGAUGAUGUGCGACUACCACCUGCAGAUGUCAGUGCAGGAGGCGUGCAAAGUCAUCACUUUGCGGAACUACUUCGACCUCCACGAGAAGCUGAUCCUCAGCCAGCAGCGCGGGAUCUCCGUCACCGACGACUUCCACUGCUCCGUGUGCACCGGCAAAAUCAUCAUCAGGGAUUUGGCGAACGCCUCCGACCUAGUGGUUUAUAAUUGUAGACACUCGUUUCAUAUAGAAUGUUUGCCCGGCAAAACCAAAAGUGAUGUAUGUAGUGUGUGCACUGCUGUGAAAAUGUGACCUCAAGAUGCUCAAACUGAAUUCUAAAUGACUUUAAUGAAAUAAAGCGCUACUAGUUCUUAAAAUGAAGUUCUGUUUUUCCAAAUAAUUUCUAAGUUUCCAUGUUAACAAAUUUUUUGUUCAGUUCAGUUGUGUGAUGUGUCCUCUGACUGUGUGAAAUACAGACAAAGACAAUAUUUAAGUACGGCCAUAUUAUUGGGUUUUUUGUUACACGAAAAUGUGAUACUUAUAUUUAAAGUAGUUUGAUUUGGUUAUAAUUAUAAGACAUUAUAUUAUUUAGUUUAGGGUUAAUUUAAUAACCUAUACAAUAUUAUGUAUAAAUUUUCGUACUAAACUAUCACAACUAAAAACCUAUUUUAAAUACAUACCUACUAUGAGCUAACUACAUAAUUAUACACAUUUUGGCUGUAAAUUUUAGGGCGUUUUCACAUUAUCCGAUCCGAUAUCGGUGUCGGACGCCGAUACAAGUAAGUAAAAUGUAUGAAAUAAUAUGUACCUGUCUUUCAUAUUGUCUGGCCCGAUAUCGGAUAUCGGUUCAUACGUUUUACCUACCCCGAUAUUGGAUCGGAUAAUGUGAAAACGCUCUUAGGCUUUAUAAGAUUAUCGCGACUGGUGCUUGUAUAUUGAUGGAGCGUUUGUGUACUCGACAUUGUCGUACGUUAAGUAUUCAUAUAAAACUGCAAUAUUCAUACAUAAUAAAAGUUUAAUACAAAAUAUUAUAUUUAAACCA